AUGCCAGACCCCAACUCCACUUCCCUGUCCGAGUUCAUCCUGCUGGGCUUCUCGGCCUUCCCCCGCCUGCAGCCCCUCUUCUUCCCGCUCUUCCUGCUCAUGUACCUCUCCACGUUGCUAGGCAACCUGCUCAUCAUGGCCACCGUGGGCCUGCAGCGCGGCCUCCACACGCCCAUGUACCUCUUCCUCUGCACCCUGUCCCUGUCCGAGCUCCUGUACACGGUGGCCAUCAUCCCGCGCAUGCUGGCCGACCUGCAGGCCGCCCGCCACGCCAUCGCCCUGCCGGCCUGCGCCUGCCAGAUGUUCUUCUCCUUCUCCUUCGGCUUCACCCAUUCCUUCCUGCUCACCGUCAUGGGCUACGACCGCUACGUGGCCAUCUGCCACCCCCUGCGCUACUCCGCGCUCAUGGGCCCGCGCGGCUGCGCCUGCCUGCUGGGCUGCUCCUGGGCCGGCGGCUUCCUCAUGGGGCUGGUGGUGACGGCCGCCAUCUUCCACCUCCACUUCUGCGGGCCCAAUCGCAUCCGCCAUUUCUUCUGCCACGUGCCGCCGCUGCUGAAGCUGGCCUGCGGCCACGGCGUGCUGCCCGUGGCCAGGGCUGUGGGGCUGGUGUGCAUCGCCGCCCUGCUGGGCUGCUGCCUCCUCAUCCUGCUGUCCUACGCCUCCAUCCUGGGCACCAUCCUGAGCAUGCCCUCGGCCGAGGGCCGCCGCAAGGCCUUCUCCACCUGCGCCUCCCACCUCACCGUGGUCGUCGUGCACUACGGCUUCGCCUCGGUCAUCUACCUCAAGCCCAGGGGCCCCCCGGCUCUGGAGGGGGACACCCUGAUGGGCAUCACCUACACCAUCCUCACGCCCUUCCUCAGCCCCAUCAUCUUCAGCCUCCGGAACAAGGAGCUCAAAGCCGCCAUGAAGAAGACCUUCCUGCACAAAUUCAGUCUCCGGCACAGGUGA